CGUCCAAAUAGGCCGACAGAUGGCAAUGUUUAUUAGUUUAUUCGGUCCACUGGACCACCACUACAUUUUAACUCAUGGACAACGAUAAAUGAAAGACUUCGAUACAGAAGUCGUCGUCGCAUGUUACCAAUCUUUUUAUAUAAAUAUCGCACGACGAUAAAUUCUGCUUCCUUCAUCUUGCGCCUCGCGCGCUCCGGUGCAAGUCAUUCAGGGGCCAAAUAAGCUAGUAGCUGUAGUUGUCAGUGUUAUCCGGGCGAGGGCGAAGGUGUACGACCCGUGUUGCAACUUGUCAAGAAAGUUUUGUUCGCCCUUGCAGCGCAUAAUGUCGGAGAGAGUCUGUUCCUCGGCUGUCAGUUGAAUCGUCCGGGGCUAUUUGCGCGAAAUCAUGCUGUGCGUCCUCACCAGAACCGCGACGAGGACGGGCCUGGUGAAGCCCUGCCGCCUGCUGGGUCCUCUGCCGGUCGUCCAGGUCUCGGAGCGGCCGCUGGUGCAUCAGGACAGUCUGCCGAAGCUGCCGGUGCCGCCGCUCAAGCAGACGUGCGCGCGGUACCUGGGUUCGCUCGAGCCGCUGGUCAGCGAGGAGGAGAUGACGCACACGCGCGAGCUGAUGGACGACUUCCUGUGGCCCGGCGGCGUCGGGGAGAGGCUGCAGAAGAGCCUGGAGCGCCGCGCGCGCAAAACCGACAACUGGCUCUCUGAUUGGUGGAUGCAGUCGGCCUAUCUGGACUCUCGGAUGCCUGUGGCCAUGUACACAAGCCCAGGGGUCGUUUUACCCAAAAUGCAUUUCCAAGACCGUCAGGGACAAAUGAGGUUUGCCGCUAAACUCAUUGCUGGGGUGUUGGAUUUCAAAAGCAUGAUUGAUAGUGAAACAUUGCCUGUGGAAUAUCUGGGCGGCAAGCUUUUGUGCAUGGACCAGUAUUACCAGGUGCUGACUUCAUGUCGGAUCCCAGGACCCAAGAGAGACACUGUGGUGAACUACGCUAUUGGAAAGACCCCUCCCACCCACAUCACAGUGGUCCACAACUUUCAGUUCUUUGUUCUGGAUGUGUACAACAGCGAUGGUUCACCGCUGACCGUGGAUCAGAUCUAUGUUCAGCUGGAGAAGAUCUGGAACUCCUCCCUUCAGACCAAUAAAGAGCCGGUUGGCAUCCUGACCUCCAACCACCGUAACACCUGGGGCAAGGCCUACAACAACCUUAUAAAGGACAAGACAAAUAAGGAGUCAGUGAGGGCAAUCCAGAAGAGCAUUUUCACAGUGUGUCUUGACGCUCCGAUGCCACGUGUGUCAGAUGAGAUGUACCACAACAAGGUGGCUGCUCAGAUGCUCCACGGCGGAGGCAGUCGCUGGAACAGCGGGAACCGUUGGUUUGACAAAACACUGCAGUUCAUAGUUGGAGAGGACGGAUCAUGUGGACUCACCUAUGAACAUGCUCCGGCUGAAGGACCUCCCAUUGUUUUCCUGGUGGACCAUGUUGUCGACUAUAUGAAGAGAACUGAGAUGGUACGAACUCCCAUGAUUCCACUUCCUAUGCCACAAAAGCUUCGAUUCAACAUCACACCAGAAAUCAAAAAGGACAUUGAGAAAGCCAAACAAAACAUGAACAUAAUGGUGCAUGAACUAGACGUCCGAGUGCUCAACUUCACACACUAUGGAAGGAAAUUCCCAAAGUCUCAUAAAAUGAGUCCUGACGCAUUCAUUCAAAUGGCUCUGCAGCUGGCGUACUACAGGAUGUAUCAAACCUGCUGUCCGACUUAUGAAAGCACCUCCUUGCGUAUGUUUAAACUGGGCAGAACCGAAGCCGUUCGAUCCACCACCACUGAAUCGCUCCACUUCACAAAAGCCAUGGAUGAUCCAUCAACACAUAAUAGCGAGAAAGUAGCACUGCUCGAAAAGGCCAUCAAAGUCCACAGAGAGCACACACACAUGGCCAUCCAUGGGCAGGGUAUAGAGAGGCACAUGCUGGGUCUAAAGAUGAUGGCUAUUGAAGAUCUGACAUCUUUACCCGAGAUCUUCAUGGACACGUCGUUUGCUGUAGCUUCACAUUUUAAUCUCUACACAAGUCAGGUUGGAUCAAAGACAGACUGCGUUAUGUGUUUCGGACCUAUGGUUCCUGAUGGUUAUGGUGUCUGCUACAACCCCAUGGACGACCAUAUCAACUUCGCUGUGACCGCCUUCAAUAGCUGCGAGGAAACAAACGCCACGAAACUGUCACAGUUUCUAGAAGACUCGCUUCUGGACAUGAAGACUCUUUUGGAGCAGGUGUCUAAGACCCAGUGAGUCCCGACACUUCAUUAAUGGUGAAAGAAACUCUCACUGAAGCCCUGAAACACUUUCAGAUUGGAGGCUUUCAGUGUUAUUAACCUGACAUAUUGGUGAUAUUGGUAUUCCAUAUCUUAAAGGUGACGUGUGUGAUUCUUUUCAUUGUGCAGAGACUAAGUAGCUAAGAACACCAUUCUUAGGUUGAUUCACUUGAAAAGUGUAAACAUUGUGACUAUGUGGUGCUUUAAAACUUGGAUUUGUUUGUUUGAGCAACCUGACAACAGCCAGAAACACAAACGCAUUCUGUUUUUAUUUCAGUUUAACUGUAAAACUGUAAAAAUGGUAACUGUGAGAAGACUCUUGAUAUUAUUCAGUGCCAUAUCAUGUUAAACUGAAGUAUACUUCUGCUUUUUAUAGGUACAGUAGGGUAUAUGUGUACAGUGAUACAAUUAUUGGCUUCAGCACAGCACACGUUCAUACUUCACAGGUGCAGUCCACUUUUGUGUUUGCACUAAUUGCUUUGCCAGUAGGUGGCAACACUGGCCUGGGCGUGUUUCACAAUCAGAACAGAAACGGGAGACAGAACUAAAACGAGAAUCAUGAAAACAAACUGCAGAAGACGGUAAAUACUAUAUACACGCUUAUUAGCAAGGUUUGAAAGAUACUCGCAAGCCAAGUUUAAUGAGAUAGUUAACCCAAAAACGAAAUAAUUGAAUUAAUUACUCACCCUCAUGUCGUUCCAAACCUGUACGACCUUCGUUCAUUUUCAGAACACAAAUUAAGAUAAUUUUGAAGAAAUCCGAGAGCUCUCAGACCCUCCAAAGACGGUCCUAACACCAACUAGGCUCAGAAGCAUCAGGGUUCAACCAUAUUUUUUGCAAAGCUAUUAUGCCUAAAAUAUACAUUGAUACAAAAAUACAAAAAAAUGCUGAAAAGAACAGCAUACCUCUCCAAAAUGGUGGUAUUGUACAAGAUGAUGCUGAAGGAGAUUCAUUGUUAAAGAAGUCAUAAUAUUGUAGAUAGUUUUCUUUUUGCUCACAAAAAGUAUUCCUGUAGCUUUGUAAAAUUACGGUUGAAUCCCUGAUGCCACACGGAUCAUUGCUAUCCUACAUAUCCUUGCUGUGUUUCUGAGCCUUGAGCAUGUAAGGAUCCUUGCUGUCUAUGGAGGAUCGGAGAGCUCUCAGAAUUCAUCAAAAAUAUCUUAAUUUGUGUUCUGAAGAUGAACGAAGCUCUUCCAGGUACAGAAUGACAUGAGGGUGAGGAAUUAACGACAGAAUUGUCAUUUUUGGGUUAACUAUUGCUUCAGGUUAGUAAAAAGACGUUUUUAGCAUUCAUAACUUUUUGAAAGAAAAAGCACAGAUACUGGAUUAAUGAUUCUAGUACACAAGCGCACAUGUUUUCUCGCAUGCUAUCAUUUUGAAAGUCUGUCUGAAAAUGUAUCAAUGCAUCAAAAUGUGAAGCACACUUAGAAACUUCAUAAAUGGUAAGUAGGACUGUUACGUUAAACUCACAGCCGUGUGGACUUUUUCUAAGUAUCAGAAAAAUAUUAUGAUAGUUAUUUAUUUUGUGCUAAUAGAUUAGCAGUAGACUUGACACGCAUUAUUGUCAGUUUACACAGAUUAACUACUUUUCAUUACAAUAAAUAUACAAAGCACUUAUAUAUAUAUAUAUAUAUAUAUAUAAAACAGUUAAAACUGUUUUUAAGAGAUAUGAAAAAAAAUUAUGUGAUUAUAUGAUAUCUUUGAUACACAGUUAAUAAAUCCUAUCUUCGAUCCUGA